AUGGAAACCAGGACCAUUCGAUGGGGGAUCCUAGCAACUGGCCUCAUUGCGAAGACCUUUGCAAAAGAUCUACUUGUCGACCCUCGCACUCGCAACGUCCACGAUGUCAGGCACACCGUCGUGGCAGCAGCAAGUUCUUCGGGUCUGGAACGAGCGCAGCAAUAUCUCCGAGACAUCCAUGCACCGCAAUCUGCAAAAGGCUACGGAUCAUACGAAGAAUUGGUGGGAGAUGAAGCCAUAGACUGCGUUUACGUAUCCACACCACAUUCGCAUCACUAUCAAAAUGUCAUGCUCUGUCUAGAAGCCGGCAAAAACGUGCUCUGCGAAAAGGCAUUCACCGUCAAUGCUGCCCAGGCAAGAAAGUUGGUGGAAACGGCGCGGCAGAAGAAUGUCCUCCUCAUGGAAGCCAUGUGGACGCGAUAUUUCCCGUUGUCAAUCUAUGUUCGAGAAUGUGUUACCUCAGGAAAGUUGGGCCCGGUGAUUCGAGUCUUCGCGGAAAACGCUGAAGGGGACGAUCCCGAGAAAGAUCUUCCGGACAGCCAUCGAUUGGUCAAUCCGGCGCUUGCAGGUGGUGUUCUCCUCGAUAUGGCCGUCUACAGUCUCACCUGGGUGUUCCAAACCCUGUACACUACUCAAGCCCCGGAAGUCCGCAAGGCCCCCUACGUUCAAUCUUCUGUACAAAAGUAUCCCCGCACUGGUGUGGAUGAAUUGACGACUAUCCUCUUGACCUUCCCCCGGGACGCGAAUUCAGGGGGCAAUAUGCACGGCGUGGCUUCGGCUAGUCUACGUUUAUGCAACGACUAUGACCAUAAGGGGUCUUCCGGCCCAGCCGUGCGGGUUCAGGGGACAAAGGGCGAGGUUCAGGUGUGGCCCCCAAUCUAUCGGCCUACGCGAACGAGGGUGGUGUUGGCCACCGGGGAGGUCGAAGACAAGACCUGGCCCCAGCCCGGGCCCGGGAAAGGGAGCAACUGGUACAAUGGUUUCGAGGGAAUGAACCCCGAGGGAGAAGGACAUGGAAUGUUUUGGGAAGCAGACGAGGUCGCCAGAGCCCUCGUUGCCGGCAGAAAGGAGCCGCGCGCGGAAUUCCAGAGCUUGAAUGAAUCGGUGCUGAUUAUGGAAGUCAUGGAUGAGGUCAGAAAGCACGGCGACCUGAUAUUUCCCGCGGAGAUUGAGACCACGGAUCGGGUGGCACUCGGAAGGUAG